UAUAACCGAAGGGCCCCCUUCUGUUUUUCUCUUUUCUCGGACAAUCAUCACCAUCUCCGCCGCCGCUACCGCCACCGCCGCCGAGGCCACAGCCACGGCCACCACCAGCACUAUAAGCAGCGGCAAUCGAUGGCUUCCGAUCUGAAAGAACGUCUUCUUCUACCCAAACCCAACUCCAACACCGCCACCACCACCACCUCCUCCUCCUCCACAUCUUCUCGCCCUCUCUUCCACGGCCUCGACUUCCUCGGGCUCAAGAAGCGUGGCCACGGCGUCCGCUCCUGGAUCCGCGUGGACUGCGGCGGCAACUCUGAGAUCAUCGAGCUCGACAAAUUUGCCGUCAUGCGCCGCUGCGACCUUCCUGCCCGAGACCUCCGCCUCCUUGACCCGCUUUUCGUCUAUCCCUCCACCAUCCUCGGCCGCGAGAGCGCCAUAGUCGUCAAUCUCGAGCAGAUCCGCUGCAUCAUCACCGCCGACGAAGUCCUUCUCCUCAACUCCCUUGACAGCUACGUCCUUCAGUACGUCGUCGAGCUUCAGCGUCGCCUCAAUGGUGCUGGUAGCGGUUCCGGCUCCCUAAACGGCAGGCGCGGCUCCUCGACCUCAAUUCCCAACUUUGAUUACGCCUAUGGCGGUGGCUCCACUCCUGCUGACAGCUUGCCUUUCGAGUUCCGGGCGCUCGAGGUUGCGCUCGAGGCGGCGUGUACAUAUCUUGAUGCGCAGGCUGCAGAUCUAGAGAUAGAGGCAUAUCCUUUGUUGGAUGAACUGACCUCUAAAAUAAGUACCUUAAAUUUGGAACGAGUGCGUCGGUUGAAGAGCAGACUUGUUGCUUUGACCCGGAGGGUUCAGAAGGUCAGGGAUGAGAUUGAACAACUUAUGGAUGAUGAUGGUGACAUGGCUGAAAUGUAUCUGACAGAGAAAAAGCUGCGAGUGGAAUCUGCUAUUGAUGGUGAUCAAUCUAUAGCCGGUUACAGCUCUAUAGGAGCUGGAAUGUCGGUUUCUGCUCCUGUUUCCCCUGUUUCUUCUCCUACAGAAACCCGGAGACUUGAGAAGAGCCUAAGCAUAGCUAGAAGUAGACACGAGAGCAUGAAGAGUUCAGAAAGUGCCACGGAAAACAUUGAGGAAUUGGAAAUGUUACUGGAAGCCUACUUCGUUGUCAUUGACAGCACCCUCAACAAGCUAACAUCGCUCAAGGAAUAUAUAGAUGAUACAGAGGACUUCAUCAAUAUACAAUUGGACAAUGUGCGGAAUCAGUUGAUUCAGUUUGAAUUGCUGCUUACAACUGCGACAUUUGUUGUUGCAAUCUUUGGGGUAGUAGCAGGAAUCUUUGGCAUGAAUUUCUCGAUAUCACUAUUUGAUGAACCAGAGGCAUUCAAGUGGGUUUUAUUGAUCACUGGUGCAUGCGGAAUUUUUAUUUUCUGCACAUUUUUAUGGUUCUUUAGGCACAGAAGAUUGAUGCCCUUGUAAUAUAGGUAUUGUCUGUCAAAAAACGCAAAAGGAAAAGAAAGAAGAAAAAUUUGCCCUUUGUGCGGGCAUCUUCAAAUGUAGUAAUAAUGAUGGUGAUAAUAAUACAGAAGGGAAAAUUUGAGGUUUC